AAGACUAGACCUUCGAAUCUGCAGCGCCGCAACCUGCAGAUGAGCUUUAUCUUAGCCACAAUAUGACUCUUUAGCUUUCGGGAUGCUGCGGGCAGGUUGUUGCUUGGUAUCCGAGAAAAUUGAACAUAUGGGAAAGCUUAGUUUUUUCUUUAUCUUGAUUUUUAGAAUUGCUAUGAAUUAUGAGCAGGAAAGUUAUGUUAGUUUUUCUUUUCUUUGAUUAAAUCAAGAAGGAUCUUGCUUGGUUGCUGAGAAAGUUGUAUUUUUUUUUUUUUCUUAUUUGGUUUUUAAAAUUGGAUGUGAUGGCUGAAAGUAAAAGGUCUGAGCAGGAAGGGUAUGUUGGUAGUUACAGCAUUCAAAUGUGGGGAAAGGGAGAGGGCCCUCGUCCUUGUUCAAGUUGUAGCUUGUGACUGUCGCAACCUCUCCUACAGUAAUUGCUUCACGCCUGGCUUGAGCAUGGCAAUGGGUUGAAAUAAAAGGCGUGGGCUGCAUUCUAAUAUUGGAUGUUUGCCUAGACUUCUCCUGACAUUGUAUUUGUGUUUUCCUACAUUGAAUGUCUGCCAGCUGCCAUCUUGCUUCCUGCAUUGAUCAAACCUUCAUGCUGAUCCCUUUUCUUUUGGAUUUGCUUCUUAUCUCAAUAUCCCUUUUUCCUUUGGUUUCUCAAAGGUUUUUGAGUAGUGUAUAUAUGUGUUUGAUGAUACUUUUCUAGUUAUUUGGAAAACAGCCGCAAUUACUUUGCAUUUGAUUGACUUGAUUGACAUUCUCUUUUUUUUAUGUGGUUUUACUAUUUUCUGAGAUGCUUUAUCAUGCAUUGCCCGGCAGUUUCUUUCAAUCUUGAUGCAUAUAUGAUGUAGUUUUCCUUGGUGGAUUUGUGGCAUUCUUUAUCAUGAGCUCAGUUACCUGCUCAAAAGUUUCAUGGUAUUGACCCCUUUCUUUGGUUUUAGUCCAUUAAUCUCAAUUAAUAAACUAAAAAAUUCAUAUUAUUUCCAGUUAUAGUAUAACCUUUAAGAGUGCACUUCUUUGACGUCCAGCUUCUGCCAAGCAGUCAAAUGAUGAUAUUCAGGGAAUCAUGGUACAACCUCCAGAAUAUCAAUUCCACAGUCCAGGAACUGCUAGUAUUAGUUCUUUUGCUUGCGAAGUUCUGGGUUAUCUAUAUGGGAAAAGGAGAAAGUAUUACAAGAAUUUGUUGAAUUUCAUUGUAGCUGAUUUUAU